AUGCAAGUGAAGCGCAAGAAUUCCACACAAGUCGUGGCAACAGCGGAUCUCGUCGAUGGACUUUACUGGCUGCGGACUCCUCAACGAUCGGCAAAUGCAGCAACACGCAAUGGGACUAUCGACUUGCAUGCGCGCAUGGGUCAUGCACCCCUCGAAGUUCUGCGCAAGAUGGUGACCACCGGCAUGAUCAAGGACGCCAAGGCACCUCUCAACUCGACUGGUCCAAGUGUGUGUCGCGGUUGCCAGCAAGGAAAGAUGGUUCAAAAACCAUUCCCAACCAACCGUGACAAACGCCAAUAUGCCAGCGGUUGCAUGAAGGGCUUCUGUCUGCGGUCCAAGUCUGAGAGUGAAGACUGUAUCAAGAACCAAAUUAUCAAGAUUCAAACUCAGUUCGGCACGAAGAUCAAGUUUGUUCGGCACGAUGGAGCGCAUGAGUUUGCGACCAACUCCAUCAAGACCUUCUACGAAGAUCAUGGUAUCGAACAACAGGUCACGGUGCCGUAUGCACACCAGACCAACGGCACCGCAGAACGCGCGAUAAGGACCAUCGUCACGAUCGGACGCAGCUUGUUGCAUCGUGCAAAGCUGGAGAAGUGUUUCUGGGCUGAAGCGGCAAUGACGGCGAUCUACAUCAAGAACCGCCUGCCUUCACCCAAGAUUGACCACAAGACUCCGUUCGAGAUCGUGUACAAGUCGAAACCAAGUGUCAAGCACAUGCGCGUGUUUAAAUGUUGGGCGUUUAUCCUGACACCAAGGGAGAAGCGAUUGAAGUGGGACCCGAAGGCUCGUGAAGGGAUGUUCAUGGGCUACGAAGAAACGUCAAAAGCUUAUCGAGUGUACUACAUUGAGGCGGGCCAAGUGGUGAUCAGUCGUGACAUCACCUUCGACGAAUCGACUUUUUACUUUUCGAUGGACCGACCAAGUGACGAUGAUGAAGAUGCGGAGUUGGACCUCGACCUCCUGGCGAUCAACGAGGACGACGUGCGUCAAACCGUCUACAAGCAGACUGGCAAGCGCAAGAGUGAAGCAAGACCCGGCAUGUCACGUUCAGCUCGCCCUCGAACUGGGUUGGAACAAGCAAGUGCGCCGGAACACGUCUCCAACCGUCACCAGAAACGACGAUCAAGUGCUCCAGAAACGAUGUCUGAUGACGAAAAAGAUGCGAGCGUCUACGAUCAAGAUGACGACUCGACGCCCCCAACAUUUUGGCGUGCAAGUGCAAACGCAGUGGAAGCAACGGAUCUAGCAGAACCCGUGACUUUUCAAGACGCGAUCAAUGGUCCUGAUCAAUCUCACUGGCGAAAUGCUGUGAAGGCGGAACUCAAGUCGAUGCAUCUUCGUGGAGUUUUCCGUGCGGCAAAACUGCCAAGAGGCCAAGGCGCGAUCGGCACCAAGUGGGUGUUCAAGAUCAAGCGCAAAGCGGAUGGAUCGGUCAAGAAAUACAAGGCGCGUCUCGUUGCCAAGGGCUUCAAGCAGAAGUACGGUAUCGACUACACAGAGACGUUCUCGCCCGUGGUCAAGUACGUGACACUGCGUAUGGUGAUCGCGAUCACCAAGUAUUUCGACUGGCCACUGGACCAACUCGAUGUGGUGACAGCCUUUCUCUACGGAGUGAUGGAGGAGAAGGUGUACUGCGUGAUACCAGAAGGCGUCGAGAUGGAUGGCGACUUCGACUGUCUUGAGUUGGUGAAGGCGAUCUACGGUCUCAAGCAAGCUUCACGUGUGUGGAACGAGACUUUCGACGAGUUCGUAUACUUUAUCGGUUUCGAAGUGUCGGCGUUCGACCCAUGUCUCUACAUCAAGGUUAUCGACGGUCACUGUGUGCUCGUGCUGGUCUACGUGGAUGACGUGUUGGUCACCGGCAGCUCGCUCGAGUUGAUUGCGCAGACAAAGGCCGACCUCAAGACGCGUUUCGAGAUGACCGACAGUGGCAAGUGUACUUUUGUACUGGGCAUCAAACUGGUGGACGAAUCGGAUGGCAGCGUGACGAUGUGCCAGCGACGGUAUGUCAACGACAUCCUCAAGCGCUUCGGCAUGGAUGAGUGCAAGGCCACAGCAAGUCCGGUCGACUUGAGCACUCGGUUUGUCGCAAGCAGCGAAGCGGCCAAGAUCGACGUUCCGUUUCGUGAAGCUGUGGGAGCUUUGAUGCACUUGACGACUGCGACGCGCCCGGACAUUGCGUAUGCUGUGGGGUACGUCUCGCGCUUCAUGGAGAAUCCGCAGCAAGAACAUUGGACGGCGGUGAAACGCAUCUUUCGUUACUUGCAAGGGACCAAUUCGCACGGACUCCGCUUCCAGCCAAGCGACAAGAUCGACUUUCGUGGCUACUCGGACGCGGACUGGGCCAGAGACCACGCUGAUCGCAAGUCGACUUCGGGUUACACUUUCAUGCUGAUGGGUGCUCCUGUGAGUUGGGGAAGCGAGAAGCAGUCAAGUGUGUCGCUGUCGACGAGUGAAGCGGAAUACAUCGCACUGAGUCUGGCCAUCCAGGAAGGCAAGUGGGUGCAUCGCCUGCUAUGCGAGAUUUUGGCGGCCGCAAACGAACCAGGACCGGCCCUCGUCAUCCGUGAAGACAACCAGUCGUGCAUCAAGAUGACGAAGAAUCCGGCGAAUCAUAGCCGCGCCAAGCACAUCGACAUCAAGUACCAUCACAUCCGUGAUGAGGUCAAGCGCGGUGAAGUGCAGCUCGAGUAUUGCGAGACUUCCGUGAUGAUGGCGGACAUCAUGACCAAGGGACUUUCGGGACCUCGCCACAAGGACUUGACGACGGCUCUCGGCAUUCGUGCGAGUUCGGAUUGA